AUGACGAUCGAGACCUUAAACCAUUACACGGUAGAUCAGGGUUUUGCCUACAAACUCGAACGCGCCUUUGAGGAACUCGGCGCGGUGCGCCAAUGCGAAUUCCUCUACAAGGCGCUCGUGGCAGUUAAGCGCAUGACCAGGGUGGACGUGGCCUUUCGCAACGUGAUCGAGUUUAUAAAUUUUGUGCUGCGCCAAGACGACUACAGGGUCAUGAACGUCGUGUUGAAAAACAACAAAAUCGACGUCGAGUGCUACGAACGGGUCGACAUCGUGGAGAAGCAAAUCUGCAAGCGGCAGUGGCGAGUCGAAUUUAAAGAAAAGAAAACCUCUUCCUCGUCGACCACUCAGCGCGUCAUCAGGGAUCUGAAGCCGUACGUGGACGCGUACGCUACUGCCAUUCUGCGCCUGCUACUCCUCUACAUCGAAGAGAUCUUUUCCCAUGCGCGCGAGGCGACUCGCGGUAUGGCGGUGGGCGCAAGGACGGCAGCCAAGAUUACGGCGGUCAUGCUAGUAUCCCUGUGCAACUACGCGGCGGUGCGCGUAAAGUUUUCGCAAAACAACAAGCCACAGGACGUCAUCAACCUCCUGGUCGAAGAGAGCAACAGGUUGUACACGAGUAACGUCGAGAACGGAGUGUACCGCUGCGACACCGACUACAUGACGCUCCGGACCGUCAUGCCGGCCGAGCGGGUCACGGACGACGUCAACAUCAUCGAUCCGGCCAUCUCUACGACGCGGCGUGACCACAACGAGCUCAUCAUGAAGAGUUCCGACACGAUCCCCGUGCCGCGGACCAACCACUACGUGCUAGCCCUGCAGAAGGAGAAGGCGCCGGCCACCGAGGUGUCGGUCCUUAACAUCGCCUCCAUCAUAGAACAGUGCAUGAGCAACGGGCGCGUGGACUCUCGCUUCGUCGAAGUGCACAAACAGUCGGACCAGGGCACGCAGGAGCUCAACAAAUUUUACAGCCAGGCCUGUUGCGUCUCGCCCCGUAACCUCGGUCUGUUUCUACAGUGCCUAAACUUUGAGAUGAUGGACUCGGACAUGUUUGGGGCCACCUUACAGUGCCUCAAGAUGACCAAGGGCAUACCCACUCCGCGCCAGGAAGAAAUUGCCACCUACUCAAACACGGCGCUAUUUCGGAUGGCCACCAACCUGUUUUAUCACACGCGUUUCUGCAGGAGCUACCGCGGCGAAAACACCUACCUGUACGACUCGCGCUUCUUUAACGACUUUCUACUCUGGGUCCAGUCGCCCAACUAUCUGGAACACCACAUCUCGCCUAGCGUGUCGUCGUCCAUCAUCUCGUGGUGCACGUCCAUGUCUACUGCCAUGCACACUACGCGCGAUGCCAACGGAGCGAAGUGCGCCAUGGCGGCCAUAUCCACGUGCGAGGUGGACCAACGCAUACUAGCCGACUUUUUGAACAUGUUCAUCAAGCUCUUUAUCGAGGACGAGACCGAGAUUAACGUCAUCAACAAGAAAUUUCUCGAGAAGGAACUACUCAAGGCUUUUGCCUCCGUGUCUAAUUGCUACAACCUGUUUAGGGGGCAGUUUGUUUCGGCGACGGCCUUGCGCCUCUUCCUAGCCCGUUGUAGGUGGUCCGUGGCCGACGACGUGGAAGUCAUCGUUCCGGUCGAAACAAAGUUUCUCAACAGACUGAUAUGCGACAGCGACGACCUGUUGUCCAACUCGAUGCGAGACAAGCUCCGUAAAACCAUGGAAGACGUCUCCACGAUGAUGGCGCCGCUACUCUCCAAUCCAUCCACGUCCACGCCUCGCAGCAAGGACGACGACAGCAACGUGCCCAUAUGCAUUUGAAAUAAAAAACCGCCAA